CAGCUUCGGCGGGAGGCCACGGCGCAGUGCAUCCUGGGUUGGGGUAGCCAUGGCGGCUCGUGUCCUUUCCUCCUGUGUCCGCCGCCUGUCCAUGGCCUUUGCGCCGCUACCGCGACUUCCCACUCUGGCCUUGUCCCGGCCGCUCAGCACCACUUUCUGUCCUGAGGGAAUCCGCAGGAGACCGGGGACUCUGCAGCCUGCCUUGGCCCUCGCGCAGGUGCCUGGAAGGGUCACACAUUUGUGCCGCCAGUACAGUGAUGCACCCCCACUAACAUUAGAGGGGAUCAAAGAUAGAGUUCUGUAUGUCUUGAAACUCUACGACAAGAUUGACCCGGAAAAGCUCUCAGUAAAUUCCCACUUUAUGAAGGACCUGGGCUUAGACAGUUUGGACCAAGUGGAGAUUAUUAUGGCCAUGGAAGACGAAUUUGGGUUUGAAAUUCCUGAUAUAGAUGCAGAGAAGUUAAUGUGUCCACAAGAAAUUGUAGAUUACAUUGCAGAUAAGAAGGAUGUGUAUGAAUAAAUUACCAGAGCCACUUUCCUCACUGAGAGGACUCCGAGGACACACCAAUGGUGGCUGACCAACCGUGGUUCUUUUGAACUUUUAUUUAAAUUGUCUGAGUGUUUUACCCU